AAUUUUCGCCGGGGAGGGUGAAGGAUUAACUAAAUUUGUUUUGGAAGGUUGGGCGAGAGUAGAGUGUUGUGACGAUAGUUUUUCAAUUGUGCUGUAUAAACUGUAUUUUCUUUAAUGUGGUUUUACCCACUGAAGACCUUGCAGUUCUGCACGUUAUGACAUACUUAGCUACAGUUGUAGGUGUAGUGGUUUACUAAAGCAUCCAGUGUUGAAUAUAUUGCGUUAAGCCGCGGAGAGAAGUUUUUCGAACGUUCCUUCACCUCUUCAAGUGAACGGUGGACAGAGUGAAUCAUCAUGUCAAGUCGUCGUAUUAAUAAGCUGUGACACUUUGGACAUCAAAGUAUAUUGUUGGCUUCAUGAAAGCCUGUAUAGCUGUUAUCAGAAUAUCAUGAGGACCACUCAUUCUGAAGAAGGAAACGAAACAUUACUUUACCCAUUACAUACUUCAAGAAGGAGAACUGUCUAGCAAACAUUCCUACUGCAGAAGCUAACAUGAUGUUCCGCUCUGGAAUGCGUCGGAAUGUUAGAAUGCUUCUUGUCGGUGAAAGAGGUGUUGGAAAAACAUCGCUUAUCCUCUCACUCGUCAGUGAAGAAUUUCCUGAAGACGUACCUAGCAAGGCGGAAGAAAUCAUAAUCCCACCAGAUGUUACACCUGAACAAGUACCUACACACAUUGUAGAUUAUUCAGCUGCUGAACAGUCAGAAGAAAUGUUAACUGAUGAAAUUCAACGCGCCCAUGUCAUAUGUAUUGUGUAUUCCGUGGAGGAUGAAAUAUCAUUUGAGAAAAUAACUACAUAUUGGCUACCACUCAUAAGAGAAUGUAAUCCGGAUCGUCGCUGCCCUGUGGUUCUUGUUGGAAACAAAGUUGAUUUGGUAGACUAUUCCACUAUUGAAAGUAGUAUCGGUGUUAUGGAUGAAUUCCCAGAAAUUGAAAGCUGUGUUGAGUGCUCGGCGAAGACCCUGAAGAAUAUCUCGGAGAUGUUUUACUAUGCACAGAAGGCCGUCCUUCAUCCAACUGCUCCACUUUACACUGUGGAGCGUCAAGAUCUCACAGAAGAAUGUAAGGGAGCACUAACAAGAAUUUUUAAGAUCUGUGACGUGGACAAUGACGAGUUACUAAAUGAUGAGGAACUGAAUUUUUUCCAAAAACGGUGUUUCAAUGCCCCAUUGCAGCCACAGGCAUUAGAAGAUGUAAAAUCUGUCUUAAGACGCAAUUUAUCAAAUGGAGUUUCAGGAAAUGCAAUCACAAAAAAUGGUUUUCUGUUUCUUCAUUGCCUCUUUAUUCAGAGGGGAAGAAAUGAAACAACUUGGACUGUGCUACGCAAAUUUGGAUAUAAUGAUAAUCUUCAAAUAGCGCAAGAAUUCCUGCAUCCACCUCUUCGAGUACACAGUGGCUGUACUACGGAACUGAGUCACAAGGGUCAACAGUUUCUUUCUACAUUAUUCAAUCAUCAUGACAAGGACAAAGAUGGAGCCCUUUCACCCAAAGAAUCUGAAAGUCUCUUCUCAGCGUGUCCUGUUCCCCUUUGGGGCAAUGACGUGUGCAACACUGUUGUAACAAAUUCUCAGGGUUGGAUUACCUUACAAGGUUACAUGUGUCAGUGGACUCUGAUCACAUUGCUUGAUGUGCAAAAAACAUUUGAGUACUUGGCUUAUCUUGGAUACAACAUUAUUGAAAAUGAAAGCCAGCUGUCUGCUGUAAUAGUUACAAGAGAGAAACGUCUAGAUCUACUGAAGAAGCAAUCUGGACGGAAUGUGUACCAGUGUCAUGUAAUCGGUCCCAAAGGAUCAGGGAAAUCGAUGUUUUGCCGAAGCUUUAUAGGACAAACAGUUGAGACAGUUACUGAGACAGGGUUGCUUGAUAAUCCACAAUGCACAAUAAACACUGUGCAGGUAUAUGGGCAAGAGAAGUACUUAAUGCUGCGUGAUAUUGAUGUGCGGAAUGUUUCUGAACCAUUAACACCAUCAGAAGUACAAUGUGAUGUAGCCUGCCUUGUUUAUGAUGUCAGUGAUCCAAAGUCCUUCGAAUACAUUGCCCGAUUAUUUUUGAAAUAUUUCAUCGAUACAAAGAUCCCAGUUCUGAUAGUUGCUAACAAAAGUGAUUUGGAGGAGGUACAUCAAGAUUAUUUACUACAGCCCUCCAGCUUCUGCAGUCGAUAUAAAUUACCGCCUCCCCAUCCAUUCACAGCAUCAAAGAAAAUCAAACGAGACAUCUAUGUUAAACUGGCAACAAUGGCUGCAUUUCCCAACCUACGUCGCUUGGUUCAUGUUCUUUUAUUGCGAUCACAACCCAGUGAAUGGUUCAAUCAAUACUUCAGGCAUUUGAAACAUUUGAAUAUAUUCAACGGUGAUUCAGCCGUUUGGUGGAAGGCGGGACUUGGUAUUGCUGCAGCUACUGCUGUGGGACUGCUUGUCGUUAAAGUUCUCAAAGCUGAACGAAGAUAGUCUUCCAGUUGCAGAUACAAUAAUGGAGAAAAUUCUCUUUGUGCAAUAAAUUUUCUAUAAUCAUUAUUUAACAGUAAUUUAUACUGUGCAUAUAUUUUUGUACAUUCAUAUUAUAAAUAUGCUGGGCCAAAUAUGCAAAGGGGAAGAAAAAACUACCUUUCAAGAGUACAAAGCUCAUAAUUAUUGCACCUGUAAAUUUGGUGUAAAGAUUGUCUGGCUGCUGCAAUUGAUUUUUAGUUUUUGUACAUAUUUAAUACAAAUAUCAGAAGUCAUCAAUAUUAUUAACAUGCUGUCUGUAUUUUAUUAAAAUCAUUAACAUUUUCAUGAGUAAAUAAUUUAUGGCAUGUGUGUAUGACAAACAUGUCAGUUUAUCAUCAUUGUGAAUAUGGUUUUUUGGACUUUUAGAAAGUAGCUAUCAAACAAGUAAGUGCUCAUUCACUUUAAGUGACUGAAUACUGUUUUCAAGGCAUAUUGUGUUGUUUAUUGCUAAAAAGGUAAGAGUCAUUUUCAGUUAUAAGUGGAUGCUGCAGUGUCUGUAAAUGAGUAUUAUAAAUGAAGAAUCUAGCUACAGAACGAGUCAAAGUGGAUGAGAAAAAUACUCACUGAAAUUACAACAGUUGUAGUACAACUAACAAAAACACUGGAAAGUAGAUAUGAACCUCAGAAAUAAUGUAACCUGAGACUGGUGUCAUAAAAUCUGUUGUGGUAUACAGAAUAAUAUGUGGAUGAGAGUAAUAAUUAGCAGCAGAAAGGAAAACUUUGUCCCUGCCUUAGUUACAUUGGAUGCUGGUUCACUUUUUACUGUCCUUUCUUUAUUCCGUGGCCUUUCUAUCCAAUAACAGCAUUUGAUGUCAUCUGGUUUGUGUCUUUCAGAGAAGAGAGCUCAUUUUCUCAAAAUGUGAAAGACAAUUUUUUCUGUGUAGUUCUUUUGCUAGUUACACCACAGCAGUUGUUUUUCUGAGUAUAACUUUUCUUAUUUGAGGUUUUGUUUGUUUAUUUAAUGUACUGAUGGUAAUAUGAGUGCUGUAUACUUUUUUGUAUAUGUGGUAAAACAACAAAAUUCUAGAGAUUUUCAUUAUUCACACAAUAGGACAGAUGACCCCUCUGAAGCACAUGGACUUGACAUACUGUGUACAUUCAGUAUAGGUAACUAAAUGAUAAAUGUAACACGAGUGAAAAGUUCACUAGCCACUAUUACUUGUGUUUGCAUUCAUGUGUAGUCUUACAGUUUUGUAAGAUAGUUUUUAAAUCAAACCAGACACUGAAAAACUAGUUUAGUUUUUUCUGUAUUUCAUAAUUUUAUGCAUAUACCACUGCAUUACACACUGUACCUUGAGCUCUAAAAAGGAGUAUAAGUAUACCUUGCUUGGAAUUGAAACUUAAGCAUACACUUAAAUCCUUCUUUAAACAUUUUAUUUCUCAAUGUAUGAUAUGUAUAUGUGCAUCGGAGAUUUGUAAAACAAUAGGUGCUAAAUUAACCCAGUAAAGCUUUACCCUUGCUGAUGAUAGUAUAGUACACAAUUAAUGCUCAGAAUAUAGGUUUUGUAAGUCAUAGGACUCAUAUUUUAAUUAUUAUGCUCAAGUCACAGUUUUCUGGUAUUUAUGAGGGACAGGCACAUCUACAGCAGUUGUACUUAAUAUGUGGUUAAUUUGUGUUCGGUGUAGUAUUGAAUGUAACAACAAAAGUAAUACUGUUUUUCCCAUACUAGUCACUUAAUGAGAAUGUUGUGUAGGUUAUAUUUAUUUAUAAUUUAUUGUUUAAAUUAUUUGCAUAUAUCUAGUGGUUUCAGUCUACAAAAUUAUGUUCAUAAUUUGUUGUUAAAUUUUUAUGAGUAAAUUAUUUUAUAUAUAGUGGUUAAGAAAAUAUGAACUUGUGGCAAGAGGCGAGACUGACUGACUUUCAAUUCGUUCUUGUCUAGCAGCAUAAAAGAUACUGCAGCUCUUUCAGGUUAAUUAUGCAUUUUAGUUACAAUGGUGCUAGUGAAUAAACAUGUUCAUCCAGUGUGGAGUAUUAUAACAAAUAUCAAUUCUAAGUGUUAUUGUUAACAAUACUGGCAACAUAAUCUAGUGAUUUACAAACCUGUGCAACUGACAGAUGUUUAUCUAUGAGCUAGGGGUUGUUAUUUCAAGGGUCAGUUUACACGUGAAGAUAAGUGUCUGUUAACACAACUGGCAUUUAUAGUAUGUUUGCAAUGUAAAAGUUAAUGUACUGCGCAGUUAUGGUGAAGACUGCAUGAGCAUUGGUUCUAAGAUUUUUGUUUAUGAGGAAAGCAUAGUUAAUAACAAAGGGAUAUGCGUAAGUAAUGGUAAAAAUCUGUCACAUAUGGUAUCCAUGUAGUGAAUCCAUGUAUGUCUCCAUAUUCUUCGAAAACUAUUUCCCUAUUUUGAGGUAAUUGGUUGCUACAGUUUGGGAAGAAAAAAAAUUAUAAAAGUUACUUGUGUAGUAGUGCAGUGAAAGCAGAUAAUAAAAUUGCUUACAAACCCAUGUGUGUUGUUAUGGUGUAAUCAGUGAGAAGUAGGCAUUUAGGAAACAGAAAUGACAAUGAUUUGGUGACAUUAAUCAUUACAUUGCUGAAUUCAUUGAGGAUGAAAUAUUACUUUCUGUUCUUAUCAGGGAUGAAUGGCAUUUUGAGAUGGGGAUAAAUGGUUAGAAUAAGCAACAUAUCGGAUAACAAAGGUGUUUUUUAGAUACAUAUCUUAGAACUGCCAAGUUUUAUCACUUAAAUGCGUAAUGACAUUAUUGUUUUGUGUUUGGGGGGACAUUCUCAUGUACUUGACAGAGUGCUCAUAUCACGAGCAUCAGAUCACUGAGUAGCCAGUCAACAAGGAAAUAACUCAUAAUCACUAUUGUAUUUGUACUCUUAUUGACUUUUUGGUCAUGUGAAUGGGAUUAACACACAAACUGUUUUUCUCUCUUCCCUUCCCCUCAUCCUUCUCCUUUCCUUUCCUUUGUCUUUUCAACAUGUUUCUUUUUUCUAUGUACUUAUCAGUAAGAGUUGAAGUGGUUAUGGGGGAGUAAACUUUGUGCAGGACCUUCUGCCUUCUUAAUUUCAAUUUUGAUAGAAAGAGGGACUUCCACAUUUGAAGUAGUGGCUAAGUUUCAAUAUCGCAGGCAUCGGCUUGUCUGGUGUGUGACUCCAACUUUCCUCUUCCUUGUUUUUGUAGCAUUUGACAUGGCAUCUGCUCCACAAUGUGUUAUUACCUGUUUUAAUGACACAACAAUGCUCUUGUAAAACAG